ACACCAUACCGGCGAGUCUAGUCCGUGAACAGCAAGUGAUAAUGUCUGCCCCGUGCAUGUGCUCUCACAAUUUCAUUCCUUGAGACGCAUCAUUUCAGAAAAGGACGAAUAUUAUUCCACACCGACAUUUGGUGAUAAUGAGGAAGUAACUUUCUGGUCACACAACCUACAAGAACUGUUUCCAGCCCCACGGCCCCUUGAGCCCAAACACCUCCAGACUUGUAGUUCUGCAGCUGCCAAAGUUAAAACUGACUGUUCUUGGACGCCAGCUCUGCCGUUCCAGCCUGCCAACCAAAACGACGUUCCACCCCUCGCCCUUGAUUGCUUUAUCAAAUGCCCAAAAACAGCAAGGCCGUCAAGAGAGAGCUUGACGACGAUGUCACAGAGUCUGUCAAAGACCUGCUAUCCAACGAGGACGCCUGCGAUGAUUCCUUCAAGAAGAGCUCUCUGAUUGUCAACAACCAUGAGGUGGAAGGGAAAGAGUGCGACGUGGAGGAGGGUGGCUCGGACGGCGAGGAGGAGCGCCCGGCCUGGAACAGCAAGCUCCAGUACAUCCUGGCCCAGGUUGGCUUCUCUGUAGGCCUGGGCAACGUCUGGAGGUUCCCCUACCUGUGUCAGAAGAACGGAGGGGGAGCGUACCUGGUGCCCUAUCUCAUCCUGCUGGUGUUGAUCGGCAUCCCGCUGUUCUUCCUGGAGCUCGCCGUGGGACAGCGGAUCCGCAGGGGCAGCAUCGGGGUGUGGAACUACGUCAGCCCUCGCCUGGGGGGCAUCGGUUUCGCCAGCUGCGUGGUGUGCUUCUUUGUGGCGCUCUACUACAAUGUCAUCAUCGGCUGGAGUCUCUUCUACUUCUCUCAGUCCUUCCAGCAACCUCUGCCAUGGCAUGAGUGCCCACUCGUCAAGAACAAGACCAGUACAUAUGUGGUACCGGAGUGUGAGAAGAGCUCGGCCACCACCUACUACUGGUACCGCGAGGCCCUGGACAUCUCCAACAGCAUCUCUGAGAGUGGAGGACUCAACUGGAAGAUGACUGUGUGCCUGCUGGUCGCCUGGUCCAUGGUUUGCCUAGCCAUGAUCAAGGGAAUCCAGUCUUCUGGGAAGGUGAUGUACUUCAGCUCCCUGUUCCCGUACGUCGUGCUGAUCUGCUUCCUGGUUCGAGCUCUGCUCCUCAAGGGCUCGGUGGACGGGAUCCGACACAUGUUCACACCCAAGCUGGAGAUCAUGCUGGAGGCCAAGGUGUGGCGAGAGGCAGCAACGCAGGUCUUCUUCGCCCUGGGCCUCGGCUUCGGUGGUGUCAUCGCCUUCUCCAGCUACAACAAGCGGGACAACAACUGCCACUUUGACGCAGUCUUGGUGUCUUUUAUCAAUUUCUUCACCUCCGUGCUGGCCACCCUGGUGGUGUUCGCCGUGCUCGGCUUCAAAGCCAACAUCAUGAACGCCAAAUGUGUCGCCCUGAACACCAAGAAGAUUGUGGGAAUGCUGGGGAGUGAGAUCAGCAACAACCUGAUCCCCCACCACAUCAAUUUCACUCAUGUCAGCGCUGAGGACUACCAGCAGAUGACAGAGAUCAUCAAAAAGGUGACAGAGAACGAUUACACAAAGCUGGGACUGGACUCCUGCAGCAUUGAAGAGGAGCUCAACAAGGCGGUUCAAGGCACAGGCUUGGCCUUUAUCGCCUUCACAGAGGCCAUGACCCACUUCCCAGCUUCGCCCUUCUGGUCCGUCAUGUUCUUCCUCAUGUUGGUUAAUCUGGGCCUGGGCAGCAUGUUCGGCACCAUCGAGGGCAUCCUCACACCACUGAUAGACACCUUCAAAGUCCGCAAGGAGUUUCUCACAGUGGGAUGCUGUGUGCUGGCCUUCUCCAUUGGGCUCCUGUUUGUUCAGCGCUCAGGGAACUACUUUGUGGCCAUGUUUGACGACUACUCGGCUACUCUGCCUCUGCUCAUUGUUGUCAUACUGGAGAACCUAGCCAUUUCCUGGAUCUACGGGACUGAUAAGUUCUUUGAAGACUUGAAGGACAUGCUGGGUUUCACGCCAUUCCGUUUCUACUACUACAUGUGGAAGUACAUCACGCCCAUCCUGCUGUUGGUCCUUCUGGUCUCCAGCUUCAUCCAGCUGGUGAUGACCCCGCCCAGCUACAGUGCCUGGAUACAGGAACUGGCCAGCGAACAGACGUUGAGCUUCCCUCCUUGGGGCAUUGUCGUCUGCAUCUCCCUCGUGGUGAUGGCAAUCCUGCCCGUGCCCCUGGUCUUUGCCUUACACUACUUCAACAUUAUCGACGAGAACGCCAGUGGCCUUUCCACCGUCUCCUACAAGAAGGGCCGCAUUAUCAAGGAGAGCGCGCGACCCGGGGAGGAUGACGACACCAGCCUCAUCCACGGGAAGUCCCCGAGCGAGGCGCCCUCACCCAUGCCGGGCAACAGCAUCUACCGCAAGCAGAGCGGCGGCGUUGGGCCCGACGCAGACACCGCGCCCAAUGGCCGUUAUGGUAUCGGCUACCUAAUGGCCGACAUGCCGGACAUGCCUGAGUCAGACUUGUAGAACGACUGUAAGCCCCGCCGCGCCAUCCCUGUCGGCCAAUCCACUCCCGCCCCCUACCCCACUGUGUGCAUUUAGUCUGCGGAAUCAUCCGCAUAUAUAUAUAUUUUAACCUGUACUGUAUUAUAUUCUUUGUAGAUAUUGUAGCUUCUCUCCUACUUGUUGUCUCUGAACCUUAUAUGACGGUCUACCUUAACAGUGUGUGAGGAUAAACGUCAUCCUUGUCUGUUUCCUUGUCCCAUUGCUUGGCCGCGUCCCACACUGAUCUCUCAACUCCUGCUCCCUGCAGCCCUUGCUCACUCCUCCUUUGCAGAUCAAACUUGAUAGAAUAGGUGUAAGCAAUAAGGUGGUCGCUCCACCAAGCCUUCUUGAACAAGAAUCUACAGAGGGGAGUCUGUAAAGCAGCGGGUUAAGUGGUGGGCUCGAGAGGUCAGCGUGGGACCGUGCCGCCAGCGCAUCUGCGCGCACUGUGAAUCAAGCCAGCUUCACAUUGUGCUGUAAAAUGGCUGUGUAAAUUAUGACCCCCCAACUGCUGGCAGAAAAGUACAGAGAUUAGUAGCAGUGUAGCCGCUUUUGAUGGCGUGAUGAUGCAAUACUGACCGCAUUUUACUUGGCGAAAGUACAACCUAUUUCAAACAGUGAAAGGAUGGCAUUGAAAAACCACUCCCAUGAUGUUCAAGGAAAAAAAGUGUGCCUAAAUAAUUUAUAUUUGUUUAUAGAAUACAUGGUGGAUGUUGUAUAUUUAAGGUAUUCUGUAAAUAUAAUAUAUAAAUAUUAUAAAUAUAUUUAUCUGAAUAGUUUGGAUAUCAGAACACCGUGUUUUUAUGGUUCAGAAGUGCUUCAAAUCCUUAACGCUGGUCUCUCUUUUUUUUUUUACUAAUGUGCUUGUCAAUGUACUCGAGGGCUGAGUCCUCCUUGUAAAUACUUUUUUCCAUGAAAUGGCUUAAAAUGCACUGUCUUUUUUCCCCUGUCGAGAUUAAAGAUCAAAUAUGAUCCAUACUUGGCA